AUGUCGACAUCAAUCCAAGUCAAGAGCAGCAACACGGGUGCAGCUCGCACCUACGAUGACGCCAUUGACGCGCUCAACUCGCUGCAGAGUAAUGCGGCCACCAUUGAGGCGUUGCGCAAGUCGGGGGGUAGGCUGCUCGAUUUUGCCAUUCCCGAGAUGGUCGAGUAUCUGGAACGCAUCGGCUAUACCACUUCGGAUCUCAACCGUCUCAACGUCAUUCACAUUACUGGCACCAAGGGCAAAGGCAGCACUUGCGCGUUCGUUGAUUCGUUGCUUGGCCAACUUACUCCUGUCAAUGCCUCUGCGAAGCCAAAAGUAGGACUGUAUACCUCACCUCAUAUGACUAGCGUUCGCGAACGUAUUCGCAUCAAUGGCCAGCCGGUAACGCACGAGCUGUUCACAAAGUACUUUUGGCAGGUUUGGGACAGGCUCUCGGAAAACCCGACGCGCAAGUUUGACCUUACUCCGCUGCGACCGGUCUACUUUCGCUUCUUGACGCUGCUUGCGUUCCACAUCUUUCUGAGUGAAGGCGUUCAGCCGGUGAUUCUGGAGGUGGGCAUCGGUGGAAAAUACGACUCGACCAACAUUGUCCCCAAAUGCGUGGUAGCUGGCAUCACCCAGCUCGGACUGGAUCACACUGCCAUUCUUGGCAACACGGUGGAAGAGAUCGCUGUACAGAAAGCAGGCAUCUUCAAACCACAGGCGCCGGCGGUAUGUUGGGCGCAACAGCCGGGUAAGGCGUUGGAGCAAGUCAAACAGGUAGCCAACCAGGUGGGCGUGAGCGAUCUCAAGAUUGUCAAUCUGCAUCCCGCGUUUCAGUCGGAUGUGGAUGCGCUGGGAAGAUCAGAUGUCGACACGGUCAGCCUGGGUCUACCCGGAUUUCAUCAGCGUACAAAUGCGAGUGUGGCGUUGGAGCUGGUCAAUACGUAUCUAGAUUCCGAAGCAGGGCGUGCCAUGUUCAAGGAGACAUCGCAUCGUGCCUCAACAUGCCAGAGUGACGUGCUAGCGAGCUGGCAGAAAAAGGGCUUGGAAGAGGCGAGAUGGCCAGGAAGGUGCCAAACGGUGCGCAGCUCGCUUCAAGAGUUGGGAUUGACUUGGUAUCUGGACGGAGCACACACGACCGACUCGCUCGGCGUCUGUCUUGAAUGGUUUACCACGAUCCAGCCGCGUCAAGCACAGUCGAAGCGCAAUCGACGCAUUUUCGUGUUCAACUGCACCAACGGACGUAGCGCACACGAGCUGCUCUCCUCUGUGCUCGACACUGUCGAGAAGAGCCUUGCUGGCGACGAGACAGGCUGCCAAUAUCGACGGGCCAAGGAUUACUUUGACGAGGUCAUCUUUACCACCAACAUCACGUUUGAAGGAGGUGGGUGGUCGUCGGAACUGACAUCCAAGCUGCUUGACGACAAGGACCUGGUCAAUCUGACGGUGCAAAACCAGCUGGCUGAGACGUGGAAGCAGUUGGUACCGGAGUCGUCAACCAAGGUGCGCAUCACAGCCAGCAUCCAAGCGAUGCACGACCAUGUGAUGGAGGUAGCACGAGAAGGGCAAGGUGUCGACUGCCUGGUCUCUGGCUCGCUUCAUCUGGUCGGAGGUGUCAUGGCUCAUCUGCAGCACAGCGGCUGCCUGGAUGAUUCGCUGGUUUCGACGGUGCGUGCUUGA